AUGUUGCUUUGUCCACUGUAUGCGCAUACGCUUAAUCUUGUUUUGUCCGACUCUGCAAGUGUUGAUGUUCAAGUAAUAAGCCUUUUCAAUGACCUCGAAGCCUUGUACGUUCUCUUUAGCAAGACACAAAGAAUCCAUGAUUUGUUCGAAGCUGUCCAACUGGAAGAGAAUCUGAAAGUCCUUUCCCUAAAGAGACUUAAUACUGUUCGUUGGCAUUCACGCGAGUUGUGUCUAAAGGUCCUUCUCUCUCGUUAUGACUGCAUUUUAAGUGUCCUGGAAACCGUUGCGUUGGACAGUUUAAUUGAUGGAAACCCACGAAAAACGAGCAUUGGCUUAUUGAAGCAGAUUCAAACAAAGCAGUUUCUGGCUACCGCGUACCUCUUUCGAGAAAUAUUUGCAUCCACUGGUCCGCUAAGCCGAUAUUUACAACGCGUUGAUGUUGAUUUUGGAAAAGCCCUGGGUAUGGUCGAAAGCGCGAUUGACGAGCUCAAUGAAUUGCGUAAAGAACCGGAGCUAAUUAUCAGAUACGUUGAGCAAAAACACGACUCUCCCAGCGUGACUUGGCAACAACCAAGAAUCAGACGUCGAAGACGAAUGGAUGAUGAAAAUGCCCAAGACGAACCUGCUGAAACACCAGAAGAUCACUGGAAACGUAACACAUUUUACGUUUCUGUGGACACGAUCUUAAAUUCAUUGAAGAAUCGGUUUGAGAAAAACCAACCCUUGCUCCAAGCUUUUUCGUUGUUUGCCCCAAGCCGUUUCCCACAACUUGUGAAGAAUUUCAAAACCGCACAUGAUCUUCAAGCGUGCCUUGACACCUUUUGUGAAACGUACAGUAUAGAUGCGUUUAGAUAUGCUGACGAAUUGUUCAAUUUUGUUCGUUCUUUUGAGAAAUUCGACUGUUCAACUGUCUGCCAGCAAGAAGAUGAUGAUGACAGCGAAGACGACGAGGGCGACGAUGACUAUGAUGAUGAUGACGGCGAGGACAACGAUG